AUGGACCUAAUGUUCUAUGUUAAACAGCAGUGUCACCCUACUACUCUUUUUAAAGCUAACUUAACACAAAAGCUGACUCCUGGUAGAAGAGGUUUUCUCUGUAUUACCUUAAAGCGUCGAGGUUUGCGGGACGGCGCGGAGGGGCUGCGGAGCCCGCGGCCCCUCGUGGUGCUCCACGUGUGCUGCUUCCUGUGGGCUGUCUUUUCGCUCUGCCAGAACGUGGGGCUGCCUAAUUCCGCCCGCAGGGAGAGCGACGACACCUACGGCGGGGGCUGGGAAUACCUCACCUUCAUCAACCAGGUGCCGGGCUGUCGGGAGGGAACAUGGUUGGUGCGACUUAUUCUGCAAGCUUUAUUGUUUGGAAUAUGUGUCAUAAUUGAUUUUAUACUUAUAUUCACGACUGCCAAAAAGAGAAGCAUGUCAUCCAGAUUGUUACCAGUGAAAGACUUCAUCUUCUCCGUGCUAGUAUUCCCUGUUGGCUUAUUUGUAGCUGUUAUGUUUUGGACUCUAUAUGCAUAUAACAGAGAACUUAUAUAUCCGGAGGAGCUGGAUGAGGUUAAUCCAAGUUGGCUUAAUCAUACUAUGCAUACGACCAUACUGCCAUUACUUUUUGUCGAGCUAAUAGCAUGUCCACAUAAAUAUCCUGGUAAACUGAACGGAGUAAUAGGAGUUAGCAUCUUUGGUUCUUCAUACCUUAUAUGGAUGCUGUGGGUAAAUUACGCCUCAGGUAUUUGGGUGUACCCAAUUUUAGAAGCUCUAGACAUAGCUGGAAGGAUGUUGCUUUUUGUCACUUCUUACCUUGAGUUGUUAGCAUUUUAUUUCCUUGGCGAGAAGCUUACAGCAUUAUUAUGGGGUCAAAUACCUGUUGUUCCCAUUGCAGCUGUUGCUCCCAUUAAUGAUACUGACAAAGUGGGACUGGUUGUGUAG